AUGACGCCGGCGGAGUUGGAAGUGAGCAAGCAGCUGGGUAUUUCUGUGGGCGAGGCUGUGGAGGUUCGCCAUGGUGACGACACCCAAUGGUUCCAUGCCACCGUCCGCGGCUUUACAGAAAAUGGCGCCGUGGAGGUCGAUUGGUACCGAACUGAUGGCAGCGCUCACCUGGGCGAAGGCACGCCAGAGUUUGCCUGA